AUGACACGACGAGCUCAAGCUGCUCAUGCUCGAUUACAACCGAAUAACUUACUUGCUAAGGCUAAUGAGCACUAUCACAUCCAUGGACCAGGAAAAGCGGUACGAGGUUCAAAAGAGAAGAUGGUUUAUCUGAGAGAACGAAAAGCACUCAAAACUAUCGGUAUUGUUGUUAUGGGUUUCAUUAUUUGCUGGAUGCCGUUCUUCGUCAUGUACCUGAUUGAAGUGUUUGCCACGUCUGUCAGCUCUUCCAGUGCCUUCAAGCUAAUCAGCGAAUUCUUCCUUUGGCUUGGCUAUUCGAAUUCUGUGUUGAAUCCGAUUAUCUAUACAAUGUAUAAUGGCGAUUUUCGACGUUGCUUCCGCGAUUUACUAUCAUUCGGUUGUGUACAGCAUCAUCGACGAACGAUGAGCGUCAAAAAACUUCAUCAACAAAAUACCGAUUCUAUCAAAGUCAUUUGGCUCCACAUGAUCUCCUGCCUUUCUGUUUGA